GGGGCUAUAUAUAUGUGUCUUAAGAUCAUCACAUAUCACUUCACACACACACAACACAUUCAUUAAAGUUAUCAUAUUCAUCACUAAGCCAUGGAGAAAAAAUCACUUACUGCCUUGUCCUUCCUCUUCCUCGUUCUCUUUGUUGCACAACAAAUUGUGGUGACUGAGGCACAAAACAAAUGUGAGCAUUUGGCUGAUACAUACAAAGGACCAUGUUUCACUAAUGCUAGCUGUGAUGAUCACUGCAAGAAUAAAGAGCAUUUUCGUAGUGGCACUUGCCAUGGCUUUCGUUGUUGGUGCACUCAUCAAAACUGUUAAAUGGAUGGAUUAGUUGUCCAACAACAAGAAGAAUAUUGAAGCAUAUGUAUGAAUAAAGACUUCACAAUAUAAAUAAAUAAAUAAAUAAAUAAAUUAUGUGUGUACUCAUCACAAGGGCAUAACGUAUUAGUUAUGCACUUUUAUCAUAUGGAAUAAAACAUUAAUCAAUGAUUUCGUUUUCAA